AUGAGCGGAAUUACAAGUGCGUGUCUGUCCUGUCUGUCGACAGUCGACCGUUGGUGCCAUAUCUCAGCCUGUAUCGGCCCGAUCGGUGGCCGCUCGAGGGAUGGAAUUUAUGAGACCACACUGGCAGACAACGAGCGCGAAGCAGUCUCCGAUCUCUUAGGGUACCUUGAAAACAGGACCGAGACCGACUUCUUCGCCGGUGAACCCCUUCGGGCCUUAAGCACGCUGGUGUAUUCAGACAAUGUCGAUCUUCAACGGAGCGCCAGUCUGACGUUCGCUGAGAUCACAGAGAGAGAUGUGCGCGAGGUUGACCGGGACACACUGGAGCCGAUCCUCUUCUUAUUGCAGAGUUCGGAUAUCGAAGUUCAACGUGCUGCCAGUGCAGCUCUAGGCAACCUAGCUGUAAAUGCGGACAAUAAAGUGCUGAUCGUUGCUUUGGGGGGACUGGCUCCUCUGAUACGGCAGAUGAUGUCACCGAAUGUCGAGGUCCAAUGCAACGCGGUCGGUUGCAUCACGAAUUUGGCUACACAUGAGGACAACAAGGCCAAGAUCGCUCGAUCAGGUGCUUUGGGUCCAUUGAUUCGUCUUGCCAGGUCCAAGGACAUGCGAGUACAGCGUAAUGCGACAGGCGCGCUGCUGAAUAUGACACAUUCGGAUGAUAACCGACAACAACUUGUCAACGCCGGCGCGAUCCCUGUCCUUGUCCAGUUACUCUCCUCUCCCGAUGUUGAUGUACAAUACUAUUGCACAACUGCCCUCAGCAACAUCGCUGUCGACUCGUCAAAUCGCAAAAGACUGGCUCAAACAGAGUCGCGGUUGGUGCAGUCGCUAGUGCACCUGAUGGACUCAUCCACGCCGAAGGUCCAGUGCCAAGCGGCGUUGGCACUACGAAACCUUGCCUCCGACGAGAAAUACCAGCUCGAAAUUGUUCGAGCCAAGGGACUCCCACCACUACUGCGACUCCUGCAGUCAUCUUACCUUCCGCUCAUCCUUUCCGCCGUCGCGUGUAUCCGCAACAUCUCUAUCCACCCUUUGAACGAGUCUCCUAUUAUCGAUGCGGGCUUCCUCAAGCCCCUGGUUGACCUUCUGGGCUCGACCGACAAUGAGGAAAUUCAGUGCCACGCCAUUUCCACCUUACGAAAUCUAGCUGCAAGCUCCGAUCGGAACAAGGAACUGGUCCUUCAAGCCGGUGCCGUUCAGAAGUGCAAGGACUUGGUCCUUCGUGUUCCCCUCAGCGUCCAGUCUGAGAUGACUGCUGCGAUAGCUGUGCUGGCUCUCAGCGAUGAGCUCAAACCACACCUCCUGAAUCUUGGUGUCUUUGACGUCCUGAUUCCUCUGACAGAGUCGGAGAGUAUUGAAGUUCAAGGAAACAGCGCCGCGGCGCUGGGUAAUCUCUCAUCUAAAGUGGGAGACUACUCCAUCUUUGUUCGUGACUGGGCGGAUCCAAACGGAGGAAUUCACGGCUACCUGAACCGAUUCCUGGCCAGCGGCGAUCCUACGUUCCAGCACAUUGCCAUCUGGACGCUGCUCCAGCUCUUGGAAUCUGAAGAUCAAAGACUGAUCGGAUACAUCGCGAAGUCGGACGAUGUUGUACAGAUGGUGAAGUCGAUCUCCGACAAGAGCAUCGAAUCGGACGAGGAGGACGCUGAAGACGGGGAGGGCGAGGUCAUUGCGCUGGCUCGGCGAUGCCUCGAGUUUCUUGGGAACGGUCACAAGCAGACCCUGGUAGAAGGUUAA